AUGACUACAAAGCAUAUUGGAUGCUCUAAUCCACGCAACUUCAAAGAAAAAAUUGAACUUCUUAAAAUGAAGGAAGCUGCUUCUACGGCGAAUUUCGCUGCUGCUAUGAGGGAUGCGCAAGAAAUCUGUCAGAUUGCCUGUGCAUACGAUGCUCUCCCAUUGUCCCUUGACCAUAGUCAUUUGUAUGGAGGUCCAUCGGAUCGUUCGAUACUUCUGAAAGCACAUUCCCUAUCUGAUAUCAAUGAUUCGGGUUCUCAUAUAGCCAAGAAGUAUUCUGAUCUUUCCACCCAAGAUUCCACACUUCAUGCAAAAGUUAUGCCGGUUGACCGUAAGAAUACACGUGGCUCCACUAUAUCUAGUUCACAUACAGGUGUGCACUCAGCAGUAUCAGAUACUGACGGUGACAAGCUAGACCAGCGAGUACCAAGUACACUACAAAACAUAGAAAUUAUCCCAAUUAAAUCAAAUGAAGAAUCUAAACCUCAAGCUCCAAAUGUUUGUCCAUUUUUGUAUAAUUCAGUAUGUUCAUCAACCGACACAUCCCUUCAGCAUAAACAAAGCACUCAUGUACAUGAUUCGGAUUAUAACACAUCAUCGUCUUGGUCCACUGUUGCACCGUUUCAACACUCUCCAACUAAAAGUGUACCAAAUUGGAGCAAUGGAUGCCAAGGUGUUGUCAGUCAACAUCAAAUUCAGAAGUUUGACUUAUACACUGAUGCAAAGCCACAUUAUCAGAGUAUACAUCAUAAAUCUCAUCUUCCUGCAAAUCCUUAUUUAUUAUCUGCAUCACAUUCAGAUGCUGAAGUUGCUUCCACUAGUCUAGAUGCAUCACAAUCGUUGGUGAAUUCAAGUCAAUAUACAUGUGAAUCAGGCUAUUUCAGUGUGAGUGAUAGUAUUGGGACACCAGUUGACUUUCGCACUUUCCUUCCGAUAAAUACCCUUCAGCAUCCGAAAAUCCCAUUCUCUGCAAAUUUCACUGAUCAGCUUAGUUGCACUCCAACACCCUAUCCAGUAGUUGAUUGGAGAAGAACUGCUUCUGAUUCAUCCAUCCACAAUUCACUGUCAGGUAUUCAAUUAAAUCCAACUGAAAGAUAUACUUAUGGUGCUAAAAUAGAAAAAUCACAUAUUUUCAACCCUAGACCUAUACCAUCCGGUGAUCAUUAUUACAGACAAGUGUGUAAAUUAAAAGGUGUUGAAGAAGAGGAGAAUUCUAAUAUUUUAACAUCUGUCGACAAUAAUACGGAUACAAAACAUGCUUGUGUUAUUAGACGACAACGUGAUACUCAUCAUCUAGACGGUCAUAAUCAUUUUAUUCAUUCAGAAUUACUUACAACUGAAUCUCAUGUUGUACCGGCAAAAAGACCUUACACCUGUACAUCUGAUUCUCAGUCGAAUGGAUUUAAAACGGAUACUUCUCAGUUGAAAAUAUGCUCAUCUCAUAUGGAUAGCCUUGGGGGCAGUAUGGAUCAGAAAAGCAUCGAUGGUAUGGACACUUCAUUGAAACAUCAUAAAAGUUGGAAGAUUCGAUCAAAUGUUUACAAUCAUCCACACCAUAUGGAUCAGCCAAUUUAUCCAUAUCUAUCGAACAAUGCUACCCUUCCAUUAGAUACAAAGUAUCCUGAAUUGACCGAUAUAUCGCGUACAUGUCUUAAUCAAGAAGUUGAUCAUCAUCAUCAGCAGCAACAACAUCAUCAUUCCUUUAGUAAUCUGCACAAUUUAUCUUCACAGCACCCAGAGCUGCAUAAAAAUAGUACUGAUGUCAGCGGUUGUGGUGUUAAUGUGAUGAAUGCAAGCAGUACCGGAACCGGUGAAACAGGCAGGAGAGGAGAAGCACCCUCUGUUGUUUGUGGUGGUGUUGGUAGCAUUAGGGGAAAUACAGCAGAUGAUUUAUUUCUUCGCAACACUAAUGAUUUAGAUGAGUAUUUACAACUCCCUAGUUUGAUUUGUAAGGCUGAGGAAUCGAACAACAAUUUCGGUGGACGUCGUGAUAGCUGUACCAUGACUGCAGAAAUACUGUCUACACUUGCUGGUGUACAAGGGGAGACGACGGAUAACAUGGAUAGAAAAAUGCAUUCCGAUACUACACCAAGCAGUGGAAUACAGAACCAUGGAGGUGUUUACAUUGCUAAUCCUAUGGGGGACAACAGGAGCGUUCUAAAUACACUGAGUGGUCAUAAUGCUACCACCACCAUGAACAACAACAACAACAACCAGCGAAAUGACCACCUUAUGCAUACUCUGACAUCUUCCCAAGCAACCUCUAAUAAUAAUGAUAAUAAUAACUAUCCAUUCAGUCAUAGUAGGUCACAAACUAUGUCCGCGAAUUUCAUUCAAAGCUUGAAUGAUAAUAGUAGUGGAAGUAUGGUGAAUGCUUCAAGUACAAAUACAACUGCAUCCAUCCAUCCUGUUUACUCUUCAUGCUUACAUCAUGUAGGUUAUAAAAUUGGUAUAUCCAUGUCACCGAAUGACUAUCGUUUAUUGACUGAUCCUAGACUGGUGAAUUAUGUAACAGACAAAGAGACAGAAGCCCAACUAAUUGAUCAGUAA